AUGUCGUUCCUUCUGAUUCUCUUGGUGCAGAAAGCAGUUACUCUGAGCUGCCCUGCGUGCGAUGCUUUCCCUGUUCUCCAUGAGUGGUACCAGCCUGGUCAUCUCAUCGUAGGUGGGAUGGUGUCUCAUAUAAUUCACAACGUUUUUGGAAUUGAAUUUAAGGAACAUCGUACUCUAAAACCUUAUGAUUUACCACUUGUCAUAACCAAAUUCUACCAGCACAUCCUCACCUUGGCCUUUGCUGUGAAGGAGAUCAAUGAGGACUCCCAGAUCUUACCUAACAUCACUCUCGGAUUCCACAUCUAUGACAGUUACAACAACCCAAGGAUGACCUAUCGUACCACUCUGGACCUGCUUUUCAAAUCCCAGGAAUUUGUCCCCAACUACAAAUGUGACAGCCAGAAAAAUCUCAUAGCCAUAAUUGGGGGAUUAGGUCCUGAAACAUCAUCCUUUAUGGCAGAAACUAUACAUGUCUACAAAGUUCCACAGAUGACUGGCCAAAGCUACAGCAUCUACAAUGCUGUUUAUGCAGUGGCAUAUUCUUUGCAUGAGGCCAUGAGCUCAAAAUCCCAACCAAGGGAGGUUCAAAGGGUUGAAUUUCCAAAUCUGCAGCCUUGGCAGGUUAUUCCAUUUUCUCAAUGUAAUGACCCUUGCUCCCCUGGAUACUGGAAGAAAAGUUUGGAAGGAAAGCAAUUCUGUUGCUACGACUGUGUUCCUUGCCCAGAAGGGAAGAUUUCAAAUCAGAAGGAUAUGGAUGACUGUUUUCAAUGUUCAGAAGAUCAUUAUCCAAAUGAAGAAAAGAAAGGCUGCAUCUUGAAACUGAUAGUCUUUCUAACUUUUGAAGAACCCGUAGGAAUUGGUUUAGCCUUAGCAGCUCUUUGUUUCUUCUUCCUGACAUCUUGGGUACUUAGAAUUUUUAUUAAGUAUAGAGAUACUCCCAUGGUCAAAGCUAACAACCGGUCCAUUACCUACAUCCUUCUUGUCUCUCUUCUGCUCUGUUUUCUCUCCUUGUUUUUCUUCCUCAGUCAACCUGGCAAAGUGACCUGCCUUCUCCGACAACCAACUUUUGGCAUCACCUUCUCAGUGGCCAUUUCCAGUGUACUGGCUAAAACCAUCACAGUGGUUGUGGCUUUCAUGGCCACUAAACCUGGAUCUCAGAUGAGAAAGUGGGUGGGGAAAAGAUUGGCUUUUUCUAUUGUCCUUUCAUGCUCUCUCUUGCAAGUAUGUCUUUGUAUUCUUUGGUUGUUGACAUCUCUCCCAUUUCCUGAGUGGGACAUGCACUCAGAGCUCCAAGAAAUUAUUUUACAAUGCAAUGAGGGUUUAACAUCCUUCUUAUACUGUGUUUUGGGCUACAUGGGUAUCUUGGCCAUUGCCAGCUUCAUUGUGGCUUUUCUUGCCCGUAAAUUACCCAACAGCUUUAACGAAGCGAAGUUCAUCACCUUCAGCAUGUUGGCCUUUUGCAGUGUGUGGAUCUCCUUCUUUCCAGCCUAUCUGAGCACAAAAGGAAAAUUCAUGGUAGCUGUGGAGGUCUUCUCCAUCUUGGCCUCCAGUGCUGCAUUACUGGGAUGCAUAUUCCUCCCAAAAUGCUACAUCAUUGUUUUCCGGCCUGACCUCAACCACAGGGAGCAACUCACAAAGAGGAAUUAG